CAUUUGACCUCUGCAUUUUACUCCGCAAGUCAAAGAACUUCUUUAUUGUGACGUAAUAGCAAAUGCGCGCAGCAGCCGAUUCCGCGCACGCGCACGUAUGCGCUAUACUAGAUCUCCAUAGAAACACAUACGAAACAUACCGAAAGUUGGCUGCUGUAUAAUUUUUUUCAAUGGAGACAUGAAUAAAACACCAUAAAACCCAUGUUUUAAGACUAAAUAAGGCUCAGCUGGUUGGAAUUUAAGAUCCCACGUUUUCAAGAUGUCCAGCCACCUGCAUUGGAUGUUGGUGGUUUUACCUUUGCUUCUCACUUUUACAGGUUCCAUUGUAAAUGCACAGACAACAGACGAAUCCGUGGUCACUCUGCUGGCAGCAACAACGCAAGAAGCAGUCACAGAUCCCUGUGGGACAAAUCCAUGCACAGAUGCCAGGACACAAUGCGUGGCGGAUGGGGAGUCAUACACAUGUGAAUGCAGACCAGGGUAUAUCAAAGUCGGAAGUAACUGCACAGGCUCCCAGCAAAUCUCUGGCUCCUUUUCUGUCACACAGAUUGGCGGUAGUACUGUAUCGUAUUCCGCUGAUCUUGCAGACCCAACCUCUGCAGCCUUUGUUUCUUUAGCUGAAGAUGUAGAAGAUGCGGUUGAUACCGUAUACCUAGCCAGUACUAUGGCAGACAUCUAUCUUGGCUGUGAGGUGACGGGCUUCAGAAGUGGCUCAGUCGUGGCUGACUACAAUGUUCUAUUUGCUACAGAAGAUGCCUCGAAUCAACCUGUGGUUGUUAAUCUGACCGAAGCGACAGAGGCCUUCACGACAGCCCUGGCCGCAGAGGCAGGCUCGCUUGGUGUAACCAUUGAUGAAACAACAGUUACCGUUACAGAUUACGACGAAUGUGCGUCCCCCGAUGACCACGACUGCGACCCCAAUGCUAACUGCACCAAUACUGUAGGAUCGUUUACCUGCGCGUGCGAAACGGGUUAUCAAGACGACUCAACGGAUCCCAACAGACCCGGUCGAGUUUGUUCCGAAAUACCGCCAAACGCCGCCUGUGAUUCAAACCCCUGUACCUUGCCCAAAGAAAUGUGUAAUCCUGUUGGAUAUACCGAAUAUGAAUGUGCAUGCAUCGAGGGCUACGACUACACCCAAUAUGGCGACUGUGAACCAAUGGCUCGGUCAACCACUUUCAAAUGCUACCAUUGCCAGGAUUCCAUCGACAACGUUAAAUGCAACGGUCGUAUGGAAUCCGAGAAUGGCACUGCCCAAAUGUGUCCAAACCCAACAGACACGUGUUAUCAGACUAUUCAGAUGAACCCGGAAGGAGAUGGAUUCAUGAUCAGAAAAGGUUGCAUGGACCUGGAGGAGUGCUAUGACCUGCUUUACAGUUACGAAGCCGAUCCUGAGAAGGCAUCCUGCUUUGAGUACAUCUUUCCAUACGGGAGGGACACCCCACCGGGCCCCGGGGUACAGUGCCACUACUGCUGCAGCGAGUACUUCCCCCUCGAUCUUUGCAACUACGACAGUAUCCAUUUUAUUUACGGGACGCCCCGAAUCAACAGCUGGGAUCCAAGAAUGAAUUGGGAUUUGACCAUGAACUAUGUAACAGAAGAGCCUGAGAGUGGGUCACAGCGCCAUCUACCGUUCUGUGGCGUCCUAAGCCUCGUCGUCACCACUUUACUUACAUAUUUGCUCCAUUAACAGUAUUGCCUCCCCAGUACUUUUAAUUCAGUUUUUGAAGUAGGGGAAGUUAGAUUAUUCGGGGAAACAACGUAAAUUACAAACACAAGUAAAAGUUAAUUGAAAGAGGAAGAUUGAAUGGCUAAUUUGAGAGAAAAGUGAUUUUCAUGAAUACUUUUAAAUCACAUACAAAUUAUGGAGUGCAUGUGCUUUAAAAACGUUUCAUUUUGUCAUGUGAAGCAAGUCUUGUUUGAUGCUAAAUUAAAAGCUGAUUUAAAUUGAUUAGCAUUCUGAAUAUGCAAUUAAAUCAAAUAACAAAUAGGAUGAAGGUAUUACAUGAAUUUGUAACUUUGAAUUUGAAUUUAUCAAAUUUGAUCCUAUUUAUUCGUAUCAAAUUAAAAGAGAAUUAACUUUAAAAAAAGAAUGGUGUUUUAUAAACUGUUCCCUAACUUUUCAGUUGCAUUUAAAAAAUAUAGUCAACUGUAACAACUCAGGAUUAUAAAGUGGCUAUGCAUAUUUUACAUUUAAUAUAUUUUGUUCUUUUGGAAAAAGUCUAUGCGCGUUUGUAUUCGAAAUAAAACUGCCAAAAAUAAUGUUCAUUGAAAAAUGGUUCCAACUUUUAAAUAUAUGAUUUUAUAUGUAUGUUAAUUUUAGUUUUCUUACAAACUGUGCUGUCAUGUGCAUUGUUUUGUGACAAGUUGUACAGCGGGUCAAUUUCACAAAGACUUACAGUUAUGGGAAGUUUUCAUUAUGGUGAAUAACUUGACAAAUUCUAUUUUGGUUGGCUUCUUUCAAGUCAUUCUACUAUGUGAGUUUCCAUAAUGGCAAAAAGUCUCGUAAAAUAGUUGUAAGUUCUUUCUGAAACGCACAUUUCGAAAUGACCAAAAAGGCCGGAAUAUGAAAAAAGACCAAUACAAA